AUGCUCCGUCAGCGCUCGCAAACGUCGAGCGGUGAACUCCGGGACGUGCGCGUCGUGAACGACGGCGCGACGACGUCGCCGGCGCGCGCGGCGUUGAACAAAGAAGCGACGCCGACGAACGGGACCGCGUCGCCGCGAAGCCUCGGGAAGGGUCAAUCGUCGCUGGAUGACGCCGAGAGCGUGGACGAGGAGGAGGAGGAGGAAUGGUACGUCGUCGCUCGCGAUGGGUUGUUUCGAAGGUGGAACCUGGCGCUGGGGGUGAUUCUCGUGGCGCUCACCGCGUGGUUCGCGAGCAAAGACGUGGGCGGAAAGUCGACGUGGAAGUACACCGGUUUGACGGCGUGUGCGUUGCUCGGACGAUCGACCUCGAGGUGGUUCGUGAUGCUCGUCGUGUACGUGCUGGAGAAUAUGCUGCCGUUGGAUAAGGUUGCGUAUUAUUUCGACGCGCUGUCGCCGGCGCUGACAACUUUUUUGUGGUACGCCGGCGUGGCGGUGAUGUGGGGAUUCUUUUUCGCGGCGGAGAUUCACGGCGAGACGUACACGAGCGCUAUUAAGGUGUUGGCUUUGUUUGGUUUGUGGUUGUUAUCGCGUUGCGUGGCGUUGCUGAUCGUGAAAAUGUUGACGGCGAACCUGCACGCUGGGACGUUUUGGACGCAGUUGAAGACGACGGUGCGGCACGAGGUGAUGUUGAGGAAUCUCACUGGAGCGCCGACGCGUCCAAGGCCGUCGGCGAAGAACCAAAAGUCUAUCAAGACCGCGAUGAAGCGUUCGUCGUCGUUUAGCAAGGGGAAACCCCGUUCGAAGUCGCCGCCAGGUUCCAUCGGCGACCCUCAAGUUGAGGCAGUGAAGGAACACGCGAGGACAGAAUCGGGGGCAUCCGACUCAUUCGCGAAUGAGCAAGAGCUCAAGGCCAUUCAUGCGAACCUCAGCGAAGGCAUUACGUCGGCGUUCGGAAGCCAGACGGAGAGCGACGAGGGCGUGCCGAAGUGGGAUAGUGAACAGAAGAAUCAAAACAUGUUCCGAAUGGCGGAAGAUCAAGCCAAGGCGUUGGCGACGCAAGCCAUGGCGGUGAUGGGCGCCAGGAGCGUCCGUUCGAAGGCAUCCGAUGCUAAAGAUUUUUCCCUGUUCAACUCACUUUCUUUGAUGAAGCCCGUGAAAAAGGACACGUAUAUGACGCACUACGUCAGCGCGGAGCGAGUGAUGGAGCGAGCGAAGAUGACGCUGGGAAUGGGUGAGACAACUUCUGAGACUGAUGUCGAAAUGCGGAGAGCUUCCAAACUCAUCUUUAACCAUAUACGCCGACCCGGUGAGAAGUUUAUCACGAAAGAAGCCGUCAGCGACUUUUUGCCGUCCAGAGACGUGGACGAGGCGAUGUGUCUGUUGAGCGGUCAAGAAAAUUUUACGUUUGCCGCCGUCGGAUUCCAAGAUCUCUGCCGAGGCAUCCGUAGAAUGUUCGACGAGCGCCUGUUACUCGGACAAACGCUUCAAUCAAUGCAGGGCUUGGCUGAAACGCUCGGUCGUUCGCUACAGGCGAUUUUCUUCGCAAUCGUCUUCGUUAUUGGUCUCUUCUUGUUCAACGUCGACGUCGGCUCGUUGUGGAUCCUCUUUUCUUCCUCGGUUCUUGCCUUGACGUUCAUUUUCGGCUCGAGCGCCAGUCGAGCUUUCGAGGCCGCUAUGAUGAUUUUCACCGUUCACCCGUUCAACAUCGGUGACUGGAUCGUCGUCAAUCAAAAUAACUUCAAGGUUUUGUCGAUUGGCAUCAACUCGACAAAGUUGUGCGACCUCAUGGGAGAAAUCGUGUAUAUGCCCACAGCACAGCUCGCGAAUCAGCCAAUCGUGAAUCUCUCGCGCUCGGGUGAGCUUUGGAUGAAGGUCGGGUUGCUCGUGGACAUCGGCAUUACCCAGUCGCAGUGCACGCACCUUCAAAAUAUUGUCUUGAAGUUCAUUUCGAGCGACAAGCGCAACUACGCCGGUCCAUGCCACGUUGCCUUGCGGAACUUUGCCGAGGAACGACUCAAGGUGGAGCUGAAUGUGCUCUACCCGCUCGCAUUUAACGGUUCCGAACGAUUACGCAUGAUCGAGUCGCACAGUCGAAUGAUCAGUGUCGUUCAGAGCGCGUUAAUAGACAUGGGCGUGACGUUCACCGGCACCGACGGAAUGAUUUUCUGCCAUAACCCAGAGACGCUGGAAACCGCGCUCGAGGGCUUACACGUUGCCGCGGGCGUUCCAGUCGCCGGUACCGCGCCAAGCAUCCAGGGAGCUACCGCCAACGUGGGCGUCAUCCCCACUCGCGCGCCCGCGCCGAGGAACGUAGACGACCCGUUCGGCCGAUAUCCGCCCCACACCUCCUACUGGCGAAGCGGCUCGAUGCAGCAACCGUACGCCAUGAACUCGUCGCUCCGCCACCUCUCCGGCAUGCUGAAGAUGGACUAA